GUGUAUUUAAUGUAAAGUGUUCAGUCAACUGGACCUGCAGCUGCCAACAGGAGUUCCGGCUGAAGUAGAGAAAACGCCUUGAUUAAUCGCCAGACUGAUUGUCUGGAUCACAUCUUUGGUUCACUUGCAUUGACCUUAAGCUUUGGUUAACAGAGCAGAUGAAUGUUCAGUGAAUGAAGGAGGCUUCACUUCAAACAGAUUUAGGUUUGGUCCAAACUCACAAACUGCUUGUGUAUUUGCAGAGGAAUGGCAGUGUGUCACUGUAACUGGUACGGCGUGGUAAUCUGCUUGUGCAGCCCGUGCAUUUGCCUGCUCCUGCUCCUGCUCUUCACCUACACCUGUUUGAUGCUGAGUAAAAACGUAACAAACCCCAAAGGUGCUCAUUUUGUGGCCCCCGGAGCCUUCAGAAAUGACAGCUUUGCCCCGAUGCCUAAAUCUUUCUGGGCGCUCUCCUUGCAUGGUAACAGCCUCUGGAACCAUCUGCAGUUGGUCACUGAGCGCCACCACAACCCCAUCCUGGCUCCCCACAACAGAAAGAUGAGGUUUGACAAUGAGUCCCUGCUGUGGCAAGGUUUCUCUGAAGUUAGACAUUUGGAGAAUGGGACGUCAAAGUUUGACAUGCAACCACAGCCAAUUAAAGAAUUUGUGAGACACAUGCAUCAGAGGGAUUACCCGAUCCUCUUACAGCCGGAUGGUAUGUGUGGAGCUGGGGCAAAAAACGAGAAGAAGCGCCCUCUUCUCCUCAUUGCCAUCAAGUCAUCAGAGCUGAACUUAAGGAACCGACAGGCCAUUCGACGGACGUGGGGCCAGGUGGGGUGGGUGGCAGGACACAGCAGGAACAAGAGCAGCGGAGAAGAAAUUGGGGGGUAUGUCCGCAGGGUCUUCCUACUCGGUAGAGAAAACCGAGAGAACCUGAGUGCAGGUGUGUCCAAGUUUCUGCAGACAGAGAGUGAACUGUAUGGAGACAUUCUGCAGUGGGACUUCAAGGACACAUUUUUCAACCUCACCCUGAAGGACGUGCUCUUCUGGAGCUGGUUCUCGAAUGUCUGUGGCAGCAUUCAGUUCGUCUUAAAGGGAGACGAUGACGUCUUCGUCAACAGCAUGAAAAUGAUAACAUAUCUGCAGGACCAGCUCAAGAAGCCACAAGUACAUGAGACGAUGAAAGACUUCAUGGUUGGACAAGUCAUCAGUGAGGCAGCGCCCAUCCGAGCCAGAAACUCCAAGUACUUCAUCCCUGAGAGCUUCUACAAGGGCCUCUAUCCUUUGUACGCAGGCGGGGGCGGGGUGGUGUACUCAGGUCUGCUGACCAGACGUCUACACCUGAUGUCCAAAAGGGUUCACCUGUUCCCCAUUGACGAUGUUUACGUGGGUAUGUGUAUGGUUCGGCUCAACAUUUCCCCGAUCAACCACCCCGCCUUCCUCACGUUUGACUUUGCCGCAAAAGAGGAGAAGGAUCCGUGCUUGUAUCACAGCAUAUUAUUGGUCCACAAGCGAAGCCCCCAAGAGAUAGUGAACCUGUGGACAGACAUGAAAAAGACACAGACACAGUGUUGGGAUGUGCCCCUGAGGAAAACAGGCCCAGGACAAGGAACCUAAACUCUGAUUCAUGCAAGAGCUAUUACCACAAAUUGAGCAUCUAAGCUUAACCCUCUUUAUCUUUUUGCGUAAGACAUCGAAACUGUCACAUCCCCCCAUGUUUCCUGAUAAUCUGUCCUGUAGUUGCUGUGUAAUCCUACUGACUAACACACAAAGAAACUAACAAAAGAAACCAAUGAAAACAGGAGCUCCUUGGCAGAUCUUUUUUUUUUCAUGUGUUUCUCACCCUGCAGCUCAGUUAGCUUCUCAUGUGCUGUUUCUUUCUGACUGCUAACAGGCCCUUUAACAACCCCUCAUUAUCCAAAAAUAUUUCAGAUUUAAAGAAAUUAAAAAAAUAUAGAUGUGAGUUUAAUGAGGUCCUGAUUUGGGACCAUUGUUUCCUCCUGUCACACCUCAGGGAAUGUGGUCACCUACGAACUAUACUGAUUGAUCUGGUUCCACUGGCUGUAGAAGAAACUGUUCAAUGGCUUCAUGUCAAGUAUUGCGAGCUAAUAUUUUGAGAAUUGAGGCACAGUGUGCUGCCCUGUAAUGGACUAGUGACCUGUCCUCCUGCCUCUUGCUCAAUGUCAGCUGAGAUUGGCUCAAGUCCCCCCAGACCUUCAGAGGAUAUGCAGCACAGAUGAAUCAUGGAUGGAUACAUGGUGCACACGGAGAAUAUGUUUAUUUCUCACCAAACCUGAAAAGCUGUGAAAGGCAGGUUUUUUGAGUCAGGAUUGUUUCUUUAGAAAAUUUAUUUUUAGUGAACCCCAGUCUAGAUUGAAUUUAGCGUGUUAGUUUUUAAUUUCUCUGCACUCUAAACUUAGAAAGUGAUGCAACUCUUUUGGGUAGAAUUGUAUUUAAAGUGGCAAAGGCUUUCUGAAAUCUGUUUCUGGUGUAAAAAAUCUGAAAUUAAAAUAAUAAAUCAACCAAGAUUUAAACUCA